CCAAAAGUGCAAUAUGAAUGGGGAUUGGAAUAUUUGUGUAAUUUUCCGUAGGGCGGAAGGAAAGAAAGUACAGAUAGUGAAGUGAGAAGCCAACCAUCGUCACUUCCCCCUCUCUCUCUCUCUCUGCAAUUGGGAUUGUUGAAAUGGAUAUUUUCUCGGAGAGCCCUAUGUCCUUCAAGAUGAACAUGAAAUCUCCCCUCGCUUCAAUGCUCAAAUCCUCCAUCUCCGACAAGCUCGUCCACUUCCUCGGCGACUGCACCGACGACGUUCUCGCUGAAUAUAUCAUAGUGCUCGUACGUAACGGAAAACAUCAGAUACAGGCAAGAGAUGAUCUAGAGGCCUUUCUCGGGGACAAAAGUGGUGAAUUUGUGUCCUGGUUGUGGGAUCACCUGUUAAAGUGUGCCCAUCAAUCGGAUUCUGCUAUUGGUUUGAUAGAUCUGAAAGACAUCACUGUUACCUGUCCCCAUAGCAGUUGUGCAGACAGGGAUUUGAGAAGGACCAGGUCAAAGGAUGUUCAAAAUCAUGGCAAUGGAAAUUCUGAUAGCUCAUUGAUAAAAAACCUGAUACCUAGAGGCCCUGUUUCCCCCGUGAAUGAGGUAAAGACAAACACGGUUCACUCAGAGAAACAGAGAAGCCGAAAUCCUGGUGAAGUUGAUGCAACGGAGAAUUUUCAUGAUGGUUCCUUGUCACAUAAGCUUUCUAGAAUAGGAUGCUCGACUCUGAUUCCAACUGUAACUGAGCAAAGUUCUGAAUGUAUAGAUAGAUCGAAGAUUGCCAAUUAUAGAGGCAGUGAGUUGCCUAGUCAGCUUGUGGAUUUUCCUAGAAGAGAAAUAAUUUCCAGAAAUUCAGAACCUUCUACUAUAGGGAAAAUGUAUGCUGGCAAUAUUUCUGCAAGAAGUCCUCCAAGAGCAGUUGAGGAAUUAUCACGCAGAAGUAAAAAGCCACGAGGUAGUGUAUGGGACAGAUUGGGGAAGCCAUGUGAAGAAACUGUCGUCAUAAAUGAUAACAAAUCUGUUGAUCCACUUGCUGUUGCUGUUUUAGAGACAGAGAAAGAAGUGUCCGACCUAAAUACACUAGUGGUCCCUGUUCCCAAUAGUGUUUUCUGUGGAAGUAUGACAAAUCAAGGGCAUGACCUUGAUAAGAGCUGUAGUGGUAACAACACCGGGGAACAUAUGAAACUGGAUGUGGGUGCAAGUAUGAUGGGUGAAAGUCAUGCAGUAGAUAACAUAGGGCAAAAGAGACAUUUUGGAGGGAUUAGUUCUCCCAGCUCCUGCUCAGUUUCUUUGUUGGGUAGAAGGAAAAUUCAGCACUAUAAUGAAACUUCAAAGGAUUCUAAAAGAUCUAACUCAAAGUCAGAGGCUGCUGCUCCGGCACUGGUUUCACAAGCACAAGACAUGAAAGAGAGAUUGCGCAAAAUCGAAAGGGAGAUGUUUACGAUUCGAACCAAGCAGUUGGAGAUGAAAAAAGAUGGACAACCCCAUGUAUCAUCGAAUCCUGGUGUAAUCAAGCAUUCAGAGGAGGACGUGAAGUCAAGAACUGUAUUUGUGACUAAUGUACAUUUUGCUGCGACUAAGGAAGCUCUGUCAUUGCAUUUUGCCAAGUGUGGAGUAGUUCUCAGUGUUGUGAUUUUGACCGACAUAUUAAAUGGCCAACCAAAAGGGUCUGCUUACAUUACUUUUGCGAACAAGGAGUCUGUUGAUAAAGCAGUCUCAUUGAGUGGGACCUCAUUCUUUUCAAGGAUAGUUAAGGUUAUAAGGAAGGUGGAUGAGGCUGCUGUGGGCAACACACCACCUCAGCGUGCUGGGAAGCCCUCGCAAGCACAAUCUUCUCAGAUGAAAACUAUAAGACCCUUUUAUCCCAGCUCUCAUCUACAGUGGUGCCGUGAACCUCUUUCUGCUCCAUCCGAACCAUCAACUUAAUCAAUCACGAGGAAGGAGUCAGCCCUGCUGCUUCCGAGCAGCAGCUUUCAAGUUCACUUGGAUCAAUAGGGACUACAAAAUCUGCUGCUUCUUCAGAGACACCUGCAGCUGACUAAUCUUUCGUGCAACUGUGGAGCAAUCAAUCUGGUGACUUGCCAAAAUCUCUCUUUUGAAUGUUAGUAAUUAGUGAAGGAUCUGGCUUAACUGAUACCAGUAAGUAGAUGGGAGUUCUUUCAUAGCAUCAUUUCAUUCCUCGAAAUUGAACGUAACUUUUUGGGUCACGAGGCGUCAAAAUUUAGACCAAGUUCUCCAGUACAGCUGUAAAUUGAUGCACGUUUUUUGAUUGAAUAGUCUCAGAAAACCUCAUACUGAGAUUUUAUGGCAAUCAAAGAAACAUUUUUGGUA